UAGUUGUGGUGAUCCUUCAUACUACAGUUUUGAAUGCAAUAACACCACCAUCUUCAACACAUUAAGUGGGAACUACCGAGUCACCGCCAUUGAUAAGGAGAAUCGUAGAUUUUUUAUUCUAGUUGGCUCAGAAACUGCCCAAACUUGUAACAGCAGAAACUCAUCUACCCAUGUGAGAUCGGUUGGAAGCCUCCAUCGGAGCCAAGCUGUGAUUCGUCGAUGGGCUGUGAAGAUUGGCCUGCUUCAGAUUGCCAUGAUAGGGGCAAUGGGUCGAGAUGCUACUGUAGAGACGACUAUCAAUGGGAUGGCUCUUUGGCAAAUUGUAGUGAAGCCUUGAGAAAUUUAGGUAAUGACUACAAGAGAAGAAACACAAUUCUAGUUUCUGUUGUGGUUGUGGCGCUUAUACUAUUUUCCUGCUCAAGCUAUGUCUUCUAUCGAAGAAAGAAGGCAAAACACCAAGCAGGGAAUUUGGAGAGCAGUGAAGGUGAAAGACAAGUAAAUGACUUGAUGCUUGAAAAUGGCAAGGCCAGUGGUGUUCCUUUCUACGAUUUGGACAUGAUCUUAUGUGCCACUGAUAACUUCUCAGACACCCAUAAGCUCGGGCAAGGUGGAUCUGGGCCGGUUUAUAAGGGGAAGUUUCCGGAAUGGCUUGAAGUCGCGGUGAAGAGGCUAUCGUGCUGCUCAGGUCAGGGAGUCGAGGAAUUUCUCAACGAGGUCGUCUUGAUUGCCAUGUGAUAUGGAGUUAAAGGCGGAAGUAAAACAAGAACUGGAAUUCAAUAUAAAAGAAGAACAAUCUUCCAAAGAGUCCAAGAUAAUCCUCUGAAGAGGCCUACGGUUGAUACCGUCCUAAUACACUUUAUUUUUCGAGAUAUCUAGCUCUUCUAAAGAUGAGCUAUUUAUAGGGAUCAACAUAUAGAUAAACAAUGAAACAAAUCCUCAACAUUUAAAGUAAUCUUUCAACAAUCUCCAUAAUAAUGAAAAUAAUCUCAAGAGAUAA